CGUGUACUGAAGAGGGCCUUUUUCUUUGCAGAUAUGUGCGCUCCUUGGGACAGCCUUAGCCAAGCCCAGUGCUUCGGAAAUGGAAGAUGAAAAGAUUAUGGACCGCGACACCCAAAGCGAUGACACUGAGAACGAUGAGAAAGCGACUGAUGGCACGGAGGCCGAUGGAUGUUCCUGUAUGCAAAGCCACGAUGUAGAUAUGGACAUGUUUAGAAGUAUGUACGCGGAUGAUCGCUACAAUGAAUAUCCAGAAGGAAUAACGCUUAACGAAUUCAAACAGUUGGUGGUCGUGGAGACGGCAGAGAUGCUAAAGAAAAGUGCCCUAACCGAUCAAGAUGUGGAAGCUAGAAUGCUCUGCGGGGGUGACUGUUUGCCUAGAUUCACGAGAUCAAAGAAAACGUGCAACAGGCUCUUGCUGGAAGGCUGGCCCCUCGCUUCGUACCAACCCACGUGCAUCAUGACCGCCUUGCAGAGACUGUCGACCUGCUGCCGUGACAUGUUGAAAUAGAUGUCGAUGGUUUACCUCAGUAGAUAAUAAAAUGGAAUCCGUUUGAA